GCUCUUUGCUCUCUCAUUCGGCGUUUUUCUUUGUGACUGUGUGGACGUUCUCACUACGGCUAAAUCUCCAGCAAUCCAGCGACUUUCCUAGCAAAGCUACUAAAGAGGAAACAGCAGUUUGCACAAAUUUAUAAAAUUUGCAGUUUGUUGAAAACUACGUGUUGUUCUUCGAGCCUUGCGAGUCGUGUUUAGCGCAUACAAAAACCAGCAAUUUAAACGUGUUUUCGCGCUUCGCUUUUGAACAGUAAAAAACCAACCGUAAAUCAAAAUGGCUGAUGUGGCUGAGCAAAAAAACGAGACCCCUGUCGUCGAGAAGGUCGCGGCUGAGGAAGUCGAUGCUGUGAAGAAGGAUACCGUUGCCGCAGAGGAGGCAGCAGCUGAGAAGCCAACCACUACAGAGAACGGUGCUGUCGAAGAGGAGAGCGCCGCCAAGGAGAACGGAGCACCGACCGCUGACAGCGCGGUACCCGCUGAAGCUGCCGUCGAUGCCGAAAAGGCGACCGAGGCCGCUGCUCCCGCCGCCGCUGCCGCCCCCGAGAAAGAGAAGGAGGAGAAGAAGGAUGAGGACAAAAAAGAUGAAUCUGCUGUCGACGGCGAGGAGGCCAAGAAAGAGAGCAGCGAGGCAGCCCCUACUGCUGUUGAGAACGGCGCCGAGGAGGCAGCCAACGGCGACUCAACAGACGCGCCCGUCGUCGAGGCUGUGAAGCGAAAGGUGGACGAGGCCACCGCCAAGGUUGACGAAGCUGUUGCCACGCCGGAGAAGAAGGCGAAGCUGGACGAGGCCAGCACAAAGGAAGAGGUGCAGAAUGGGGCCGAGGCUAGCGAAGUUGCUGCUUAAGGCAAUCGUCCGCGGAGCAGCAGACUCAGUAAUCUACAUAUUAAAUACUUACUAACACAAAAACAACACACAAAUUACGGUUUUACCUCCAGCACAACGCACCGAACCACCCACCGUCCGCAAGUGUGGGCGGGUGAUGCGUGGGCUGCUGAGUUGGUGGCCGGACGCAAUUCUCUAAAAACAAUCCUGCAAUGGGAGCGUAGUCUUAAUGCGUGCCGAUUCUCUCUGUCUCUACUAACAAACAAACAACCAACCAAC